AUGCACGCCUUAAUAUUCGGCGGCAACGGACGCAUUGCCCGUGCUAUGACUAGGAUGAUGCUCGCCCGCUCCUGGACCGUAACUAGCAUCAUCCGCAACCCCCAACAGGCAUCUAGCAUUCUUGGGCUUGGUGACGGUCAGCCAGGAACUAUCCAUGUACUGCACUAUGACCUGCAGGACUUGAAAACUGCUCAAGACGCCGAGGCACUUUUUAAGCAAACAAGUGCAACCUGUGCUGUUUUCGCAGCAGGAUCUUUCUCUAAUGUCUUCUCUAUCGAACGUGAUGCUGCUAAAUGUAUUAUUAAAGCUGCUACAAGUCUCGGCUCUGUUACGAAAUUCCUCAUGAUCUCCUUCCAAGCCUCGCGCCGGAAACCUGCUCCUUGGUGGAAUAUGCAGGAUAUCCAAGACUACACCUCUGAGCAAAAUUCGUACCCCGAGAUCAGUGACGCUAAGAUACAGGCAGAUCAGUACCUUGUUGCAAUGGCUAAUGCACGACGAGUCCGUGGUGCACCACCAUUUCAGGCGAUCAGCUUGCGACCAACCUGGUUAACCACGGGUCAUGGGACCGGCAAGGUCACUUUAGGGAAGACAAGAGCAACAGGGAAUGUUUCGAUUGAAGAUGUUGCCGCGGUGGCAUUGGAGAUGCUUGGGCGGGAGGAUGUUAGUGGCUGGUUUGACUUGUUGUCGGGGGAUGUGGCUGUCAAAGACGCUGUUGAGGGAGUGGUGAGGGAUAAAGUAGAUUGUAUUGAGGGGGAAGAUUUGCAGGCGAUUUAUGCACUGGCGGACUAA